GUAUGGGUGAGAGUCCAGCCUGAGGCCGGAGUGCCGGGCCUAGGCUGGCUCACGCUUGGCGGGGAUUUCGGGAGACGGUGGCGAGGCGUGGGGCGCCGCGGGGGCACCACGCGUCCGGGAGCUGCCUCGCCGGCCCAAUUUUCCGCGGCUGGGUAAGGAGUAACGCUUCGGAAGCCGGGGAGCUGGAGGAUUGAACCAGCUGCCCUUUGACCCUGCCAACAACAACGAGCCCCUGCAGUUUGGUAGUGCCAGUGGCCCUUUGGUCACAGAAGGCCUCACUGAAAAUGGAGGGGAAUCAAGCAAGAAAAGAAAGAGAACAAAUGCUCCUUCAGCUGAUAAUAGUAGAACUCUGAAUGUAGAUUCCACUGCAAUGACACUACCUAUGUCUGAUCCAACUGCAUGGGCCACAGCAAUGAAUAAUCUUGGAAUGGCACCACUGGGAAUUGCUGGACAACCAAUUUUACCUGACUUUGAUCCUGCUCUUGGAAUGAUGACUGGAAUUCCACCAAUAACUCCAAUGAUGCCUGGUUUGGGAAUAGUACCUCCACCAAUCCCUCCAGAUAUGCCAGUAGUGAAAGAGAUCAUACAUUGUAAAAGCUGCACGCUCUUUCCUCCAAAUCCAAAUCUUCCACCUCCUGCAACCCGAGAAAGACCACCAGGAUGCAAAACGGUGUUUGUGGGCGGCCUGCCUGAAAAUGGGACAGAGCAAAUAAUCGUGGAAGUGUUUGAACAAUGUGGAGAGAUCAUUGCUAUUCGGAAGAGCAAAAAGAAUUUCUGUCACAUUCGCUUUACUGAGGAGUAUAUGGUGGACAAAGCCCUUUAUCUGUCUGGUUACCGCAUUCGCCUGGGCUCUAGCACUGACAAGAAGGACACAGGCCGGCUCCAUGUUGAUUUCGCACAAGCUCGAGAUGACCUAUAUGAAUGGGAGUGUAAACAGCGUAUGCUAGCUAGAGAGGAGCGGCACCGUAGAAGGAUGGAAGAAGAAAGAUUGCGCCCACCAUCCCCGCCUCCAGUGGUCCACUAUUCAGAUCACGAAUGCAGCAUUGUUGCCGAAAAACUAAAAGAUGAUUCCAAAUUCUCAGAAGCCGUACAGACCUUGCUCACUUGGAUAGAGCGAGGAGAGGUAAACCGUCGCAGUGCCAACAACUUCUACUCCAUGAUCCAGUCAGCCAACAGCCAUGUCCGCCGCCUGGUGAAUGAGAAAGCUACUCAUGAGAAAGACAUGGAAGAAGCAAAGGAGAAGUUCAAGCAGGCUCUUUCUGGCAUUCUCAUUCAAUUUGAGCAGAUAGUGGCUGUGUACCAUUCCGCCUCCAAGCAGAAGGCAUGGGACCACUUCACAAAAGCCCAACGUAAAAAUAUCAGCGUUUGGUGCAAACAAGCUGAGGAAAUUCGCAACAUUCAUAAUGAUGAAUUAAUGGGAAUUAGGCGAGAGGAAGAAAUGGAAAUGUCUGAUGAUGAAAUAGAAGAAACUACAGAAACUAAAGAAACUGAGGAAUCAGCUUUAGUAUCACAGACAGAGGCUCUGAAAGAAGAAAAUGACAGCCUCCGUUGGCAGCUCGAUGCCUAUCGGAAUGAAGUGGAACUGCUCAAGCAAGAACAAGGUAAAGCCCACAGAGAAGAUGACCCAAACAAAGAACAGCAGCUGAAACUCCUGCAACAAGCCUUGCAAGGAAUGCAACAGCAUCUACUCAAAGUCCAAGAGGAAUACAAAAGAAAAGAAGCUGAACUUGAAAAAAUAAAAGAUGACAAGUUACAGGUGGAAAAAAUGUUGGAAAACCUUAAAGAAAAGGAAAACUGUGCUUCUAGACUGUGUGCAUCAAGCCAGGAUAGCGACUAUCCUCUUGAGAAGACCAUGAACAGCAGUCCUGUCAAAUCUGAACGUGAAGCGCUGCUAGUGGGGAUUAUCUCUACAUUCCUUCAUGUUCACCCAUUUGGAGCAAGCAUUGAAUACAUCUGUUCCUACUUGAACCGUCUUGAUAAUAAGAUCUGCACCAGUGAUGUGGAAUGUCUCAUGAGCAGACUCCAGCAUACCUUCAAGCAGGAGAUGACUGGAGUUGGAGCCAGCCUGGAGAAGAGAUGGAAAUUCUGUGGCUUUGAGGGCUUGAAACUGACCUAAAUCUCUUUGCCUAACAACUUGGGAUCCUGAAAAUAAAUGUGUUUUGGACAAGCUUAGAAAAUGAUUUGUAUUUUCAAUGGUUUUCAAGUGUAAAUUGCUUUGAAUUUGUGAAUUCAUUCCUGGAGUCUGUUUUGAGUUAAAAUAAGGAUCCUAGAACAGCACCUCGAGCUACAGGCCCUAAAAGAAAUUGCCUCAAACCUCAAGUGCUGUAAGUUCCUUCCCUUUCUGUCAGUUGGUUGUCCUUAAGUAUUUGCAAAAGCCCUGAGGCUAAGGAGUAUUUGGAGUGUUUUCAGUGUCUGUACUACUGUUGUAGACUUUGGUAUUUUUUUAAACACUGUUGACUGAAAUAUUUUGAUGAUUUGUAUGUGAUUUGUGUUUCCAAACUUCUCUUUACAUCAGUGUUGCUAUUGGUAAAAGGAAUGAGAGCAGCCCUAGGUACUCUGUGUAACUGCCAUUGUCUUUCCAAUCCCCAGUAGACCAGUAAAUGAGUAAUACAUCAGUGUCUUCUAGAAGGUGCUUGACCAGGUUCACCUUUUAAAUGACAAAGCAUGGUUUGUGGCUUUUUGCAAAAUUACUAUGAACCAAAUGUUGACAGAUGUUCCAAAGGUAUUUUCUCUAAUAUAUCAGAUAAAAGGUCUAUUUCAGAAUUUUAAAAAAUAGUUGUAUUCACAGAAAGCAAGUAUUCAGUGUAACUGGCAUGUGUUUGUGCUGUUCAGAAUCACUUGUAAAUAAUCUGCUUUUAAAGGAGGGCAUGUUUAGUUUUCUAUGAAUUAAAACACAUGUGGGCUCACACUCACACAUGCACACAUGUUGGCAGAAGGGAUUUAUUUUAAUAUUCUUUCCCCUCUGGCCUUCUUAAAGUCCAUUGGUUCCUUUUCUUCUGCUGUCAGUGUGUUGAAUUGCAAACUGUGUACUGCUGUGAAUACUAUGUUUACUUCGUGCUGAAUGUUUGCGAUGAGUUGAUAUAAGCAUUAAUAGUAUUGGAUUAAUGAAUAAACAAUGGCCCAGGGUGUGUGAGGCUUCCUGCACAUAGGUCAGCUCUACCUGGAGUGCUGAUUGCUGGGGACACCUCCAGUUGUAUGGUACCCAUGAACAGAUUACAAUGGCAGAGUGUAAGUGGACCAUUUAAAACAUCCUGCUUGGUGGAAAAGAAAAGGAAAGAUAGAGGUGUGGGGCUCAUAUCCUGAGGCAGAGAUGACCUCUAUUUUUUGUGGCAGUGGUGGUGCUUAUCAUAACACAAGUAUGCCCUCCCUUGAGUCUCAAUCUAAGAUAAGAGAAUGUACCAAGUAAGCAAAGCCAAUGGAGAGUAUUUCACGAAAAUACUUUGUAAAUGAGAUGUCAGUAGUGUUCAAAGUUGUAUUUUCAAAAGAUAAAUAUUCCUUUUUUAUAACUCA